AUGAAGACACUUUGUAUUUUCCUGAUCUUUGUCUUCUCUGUGUCUUGUGGUCCAUCAGUUCUACAGGAUAAAACAAUAGGCAUCAUGGCGAGAAAAAGAGAAUGCCGUCUUGUACGUGGUGCUUGUAAGGCUGAAUGCAACACCUGGGAAUACGUAUAUACUUACUGCGAUACCGAGCCCUGCUGUGUGGUGCGGGAAUACAUCAAGCCAGUUGCUGAAAGAACCAGGACUUCAACUGUAAAUCCUAACCGUAAUGCACUAAGUAAAUUCACAACAUAA